AUGAACCAGAAUAUAAAGAACACGUCGUGGACGGAUCGAAUCAGAAGCAAGGAUCAGGAACGAAAAACCGAUAGCACAGAGGUUUCACAAAGCUUACCACUUAAUAAUAGCUUUGAGUCAUCAAUGGAUUCACAAUUUAGCUAUGCUCAUUCAAACAAAAGUAGCAUUUCAUUUGAAUCUAUUCAAACUACAGAGAGACUUCUGGAUAAAUUAGAUCUUAGUUUGGAAGAUGAACUCAUUCUGCAAGAAGCCUUGCUAGAAGAAGAAAACGCCUUGAGAAAUUCACAGCUGUCACAGGCAAAUGGUCCGACCCUAUGUAUGCCUGCGUCAGAAUUCCCAUCGUUAAGGUAUAGAUCAAAUCCCUCGCCAACGUAUAUACAAGCCAGAGAUCGUUCUCUUAUAAUAGACAGCUUAAAAGAAAAGGAUUCCAGUUUGAGAGGCAAGUUCUCUUCCUGCAAAGUCGAAAGACAUAUGCCUAAGAAAUCAAGAUACUCUUAUAUUGUCGAGGAAGAUUAUGACUCUGAAACUUUUAAUAUCUCGAAUCCUCAGAUAAAGAGAAAUGAGAGAGACUAUAAAUAUCCAAAUUAUGAUAGCAACACUAGAGGUACGAACACUCCAAAUUCUUUUAACUUCGAAAAUUAUAGAAUUGAAAAUACCAGACUACAUCAUUUAUACCCAAUGCUCUUAUCAAGCGAUAACGACAAUAAGAAUAUUAAAAAAAUUAAUAGUAAUAAUAUCAAUAAUUCCAUGAAAAACGACUGGAAAUUUGAGAAGCAAGGCAGCCCUAAUGAGUUCGUUCCUGCUCAGAGGAGCACUUGUCUUCAUCGGAAUGGAAGUUCGACAAGUACCAAUACCUCCUUUUCUGAAGUUGGACAGCUAUCGAAACCGAAAACUCAAUCUUCUUUUGAAAGUGAAUCUUCGUCAUUUGCUAAACUUAAAUCAACAAAGAGUGAUACAACACCCGUUAAGUCGUCUCCAAAGCGGUCUAGUUCAUCUACUUCAACACUAACGAAGCCAAAUACUAUGACAAGUGACAUUUCAGUGCCUCCAACACCGCCAUAUAAAACUCAUAAAAAAAAAUCGUCACUAAGUUCUUUGAAAAAACUGUUCAAAUCUCCUAGGGCAAGGGCAAAGAAUAAAAAAGAUCUUGAGUCCGAGGGAUCAAGCCCGAUACACUCUGCCACUAAUCUAUUGGAUUUUUCCGGUGAAAAUACCCAAGUUCAGCCAAUUUCAAAUACUGUUAAUAAUUAUAGCCCCCAUUUGGCGAAGUAUAUUUUCCCUCCAAACCCAACUUUCCAUUUUAGAACAUUAUCAUCACCUCAAUCAGCAACUGAAAAGAAAACGAACAGUAAAGUACGUCCAAAUAGGACUCAUUUGAGAACUUUUUCAGAUUUCCAUACAAUGGAAAAAGAUUUAAGAACAGAGGAGCUAAGUGCUCUCACAGGACAAUCAAAUAAACCCAAUUGCCCAAAAGUUAUAAGAAGAACACUAUCCCUGGACAGUAUGGUACCUAAUGAUCAGGCUCACUAUACAGAUACUCUUAACCACAGGAAACAAGAAUCGAACACAACAAAAAAGUCCGGAAAGCUUAAAUUUCAUCAAGAACCUUACGAUAAUGAUGAAUCUUUACACAUCGGACAAGCAAUUACCAUGCGUCAUCAAGGUAAACUUGAAGAAUCUGCACAACGACUGAAGAGAGCCUGUGCGCGUGGUAAUAAAACUGCAUUUCUAUUAUACGGGUUAGCUCUGCGACAUGGUUGCGGAGUCGACAAGAAUCUUAAAUUAUCACUAGGGUAUUUGAUGGCUGCCACUGACAUCAAAUCAUUUGCCGCUGAAGUUCUUGAUUUGGAUAUAAACCCGCUGAAUUUCAUUUCUAUAGAUGAUAUUCCGGAUAUAGCGCCUGAACCAACUGCGCCUGCCUUAUAUGAAUGUGGUAUGGCAUAUUUAAAGGGUCUUGGAACAGAUCAUCCUGACGAGAUAAAAGGUUUGAAAUUUUUAGAAAAAGCCGCCUUAUUAGGCCAUGUAGACUCCAUGUGCUUAAGUGGGACAAUUUGGUCCAAAACUUCAAAUAUUAAGAAAAAGGAUCUAGCGAGAGCUGCUGCAUGGUUUAGAAUAGCUGAUAAAAAAGGUGCAAAUUUACUAGGCUCAGAUUGGAUUUACAAGGAAAAGUAUAUGAAGCGAGGUCCAAAAUAA